UAUUCCCAGCAAACAUACCUAUAUCGGGCCGAUAUCGGCUAUAUGAUGGAAUAUCUGUGUCGGCUACCAUAUAUCGGACCGAUGUCUAUCCGAUAUUGACAUAUUUCACUGAUAUAGGUCCGACAUCGGUCCGAUUUAUAUUCGUUUGACAUGAUUUAAGUUUUAUCAUGGUAACGUUUUUUAGCAUACAGGACCAUGAAACCGGGAAAAAAUUUCCGAAUUUUAACGCGUUUAACCAUUGAACGGAUAUUUAUCGUAAUUUGCACAAUGGUAAAUAGUUACCUACGCACCGUACAUCCGGGCACGCUUACAUUUGGCGCAAAACUCAACAAGGGACAAAAGUUCGAAUAUUUACAAUCGCUGGCACGAGAUAUCCGCAUUUUUACCCUAUUAGAAAAAAUGUCUCGACAACAGACACAAAUAUUGGACACUGUUCAUCGGGUAUUUGGUGUCGUGUCAAAGUUGGAAAGUCAAGAUGGUGGUGGACCAACUGAAUUGCCUGAUGAUAUUCAUUUACCAGUUACAAGCAUUGAAGAACUGGAGUUGGUUGAGACAGGUUUACAAGAACCUGGUUGUUUCAAUGGCUUGGUCACAUACCUGACACUGCAAGGAGGUAUCACAAGAAGCGAUAUGUCAAAAAGAGUCAUGAAACACUGCAUGUCAAAUCAGUUGGCACUUCAGUUCAACUGGUUUGGCAAGAAAGGGAAGAGAGCGUUUGGGAAACUGAAGCUGGCCAAGGCAGUGCAAAAAGCAGUCAUGAAAUGUAAAAAAUGUACAGCAGCUGAAGUCGAAUUAGAUUGUAGAGAAUGGUUUCGAAGUGCAUGUGACAGAGACGGGGGCCGUAAAAGAAGACAAAAAACCAAUGAAGGUGUCCAAGAAACACCCACUGAAUAGAACUUUUAAAUAUAUUUAUAGCGAUAUUGAAAGAAAAAAGAUGGCUCUUUUAAUUUGGAAGUAAUGUAAAGGACUUGUAUCAUUCUAGCCUAAUAGUUCAAGAACAUAUAGCCUAAGAAGAAUAAAUCAUACAUAAAUAGUGAUAUAGUUAAACUAAACAUUAUUGAGAUAUAUUUAAGAAACAAUAUCAGUUUCUGUGUUGUUCAUCGGCUAUUUAAAAUCAGUUUAAGCUUGUGUGUCAGGCAGGAUUAUAUAUAUUG